AUGACGUUAAUGCGACAGGGCCCCAAAUGUGACAGUGGAAAUCAACCCGAUGGUUGCACGAAACUGGAACUUAAGGUUAACUACGGCACAGGGUUAGAGGAAGGCUUCGACCGCAAGGCGAAUUCUCUUUUCGGCGAGAGCGGCGUCCAGCAGCGGAUCAUCGGACACCGCGACGGGUGGGAGCUGCCGAUCAGCGUGUCCAAGGCGGGCGCCAGGCUCACUUGGCGCUUCCAGACGACCUCUGGAAACCUGGCCUUCGGACUCCGCACCAGCAGUGGAACGUCUCAAGUUGCCCUGGAACGUAUCGAGACGGGCAGCUAUGUCCCUCAAGGAGGAAGCUGGCAGUGCGACACACCUGGAACAUACGGGCUCGAGUUCGACAACACCCACAGCUGGCUAAGCCGCAAGACACUCGCCUACAUGGUGAACUUGCGUGCACCUGAAGAGAGCGCUUGA